AGGUCUCCUUUCUUUCUUUGCAACAUUCAGUGAUUUCUUCUCAUCUAGGAAGUUUCUUCCAGCCCAAAAUGUCAUCUGACUCACUUCCUCCUCCCCCUGAAGACCACAUUGUUCUCGGUUGUGGAUCACUGGGGGUGGAUUUCUUGGCUGCAGUGGCUUCCUUUCCUAAGCCUGACGAUAAAAUUAGAAGCACCAGCUCCUUGGUUCAAGGAGGAGGGAAUGCUGCGAAUGCUUUAACAUGUGCAGCUCGUUUGGGCUUAAAUCCACGGUUAAUUUCUAAGGUUGCAAAUGAUGCACGAGGGAGGAGUAUGUUGGAUGAGCUUGAAGCUGAUGGAGUGGAUACUUCUUUCUUAAUUGUUUCUGAGGGGGGUACUUCACCGUUUACUUACGUAAUCGUUGACAAUGAAACGAAAACCCGAACUUGUAUUCACUCCGAAGGGCAUCCACCCUUGACCCCAGAUGAGCUUUCCCAGUCAAGUCUAUUGCGUUCAUUGGAUGGAGCAAGACUUGUCUAUUUUGAUGGAAGAAUGCACAACACUGCUUUAGUUGUUGCAGAGGAGGCAGCUCGCAAGGAUAUACCAAUGUUAGUUGAUGCAGAAAGGAAAAGGGAAGGGUUGGAUGACCUUCUGAAAUUCGUUACAUAUGCUAUAUGCUCCGCUAAAUUUCCACAGGCCUGGACAGAAGCACCGUGUGUUUCAAGUGCACUUGUAUCCAUGCUUCUUAGAUUGCCAAACUUAAAAUUUGUGAUUGUGACAUUGGGUGAAGAUGGAUGCAUAAUGCUUGAGAGAAGCGUAGAUGAGCCUCCUGAUUCAGAAGAGAUAGAUGCAGAGAGCUUAUUGCAAACGUUGAAGGAGAGGAAAGAUGACAAUGUAGCUCUUCCAACGUGCAUUCCAUCGCCAGUCACCAAAUUGACAGCAAAAGGGAUAGGUGCAGUCAGUGGGAGGUUACUGAUGGGAACAGCGGAGAAGAUUCCUCCAGCAGAAAUUGUUGACACCACUGGUGCUGGGGAUGCAUUUGUUGGAGCAACUCUUUAUGCUAUCUGUGCAGACAUGCCACCAGAGAAAAUGUUACCAUUUGCCUCUCGAGUGGCAGCAUUGUGCUGUAGAGGUUUAGGAGCCCGCACUGGUCUUCCACACCGGACAGAUCCACGCCUGGCACCCUUUUUACAAUGAGAAAGUCUUCAUAUACCAUAUACUUGCAGUUGCAGUAAAGAAAUACACUUAUACACAUGAAGUUUGCAGCAUAAUAGGUCAUGGCACCAUUUCCUCCCACCCCCAUUCAGCAGACGGAACAAUCCAAUUUCUGCACUUGCAAGGUUGGCCCAUACUGCGAUGGAGGCCAGUUAUCCAACAGCCCAAGUUUACCUUCAAAUAUUGUUUUUUUUUUUUUUAUUUCAGAAAAGUGCAGCACGCUUUUUGUGCGGAUUAUAAAAAGAUCGACUUCUU